AUGAUGCAACCUUCCUCGGCAGUUGGUCUCGUGGCACCGGCUCCGAUUGACACCGUCAAAAGUGUGGCCAAACCAAUCGGCGGGAAUCGGAUUCAACUCGGACCGGGACAGAAACGGACAGAGCAUCUGUCGAGAGACGGUUUGGGCCGAAGUGGCCAGUCUGGUGGUACCGGACAAAAAGGCACUAACAUCGGGUUGGUGUGCCAGUCCUUCUGCUGUUGGCUUUGCAAACUACUCUUAUUUCAUUUGGACCCAGUAAAUGGCCUUGACGACACAAAUUCUGGCAAAAGAUCACUUGACAACCUCGAAAACCAAUCAUAUCAAUCAGACUUUAAGCAUAAAGUUGGUUCGACAGUUGCGGACGUGACUAGAUUUGUCGGGACUCGUGCUUGCCGAUCCCAGGCACGCAUGCACCAGUUGUGA